AAAAUGUUUUUAUUUGCAAAAUUAACCAUUCCAUUAUUUUUAUUUUCCCAACUGCCGUUUAUAUGUACUACACCUACCAAGAAAGCUUCAACUUCCGAAAUUACCCAAGAAGCUUCAACCUCACAAAUAAAGGUAGAGCAAGUGGAUAAGCAAACAGACGAAGAAGAAAUUUUAGAUAAAUUAUUUGAACACCAUGUUUUUUCUGAUGAAAACCAGAAAGGAUUGAUUAAACAAAUAAAAAAAAUUAAAAUAUUACAUCCAAUAGCAAUGAAAUAUUUGGUUAAUUAUCAACAAUUUACCGAGCUGUGCAAAUUUUUGCACAAUCAAUUGACAAAUAAAUAUCAUAAGAAUAAUAUUUCAAAAGAUCUACCAAAAGGAGUGCCCGAGAAAAUUAAAAAGUUUCAUGUUCGUUUGUUUAAAGUGCGGCUGGCCCGUAUCUUAGUGAUUCGUUGUGGUGACCAUUAUCUUAGUGACCAUUACACCUUAAUUUCCUCCUUUUAA